AUGGCAAAUGCAAAACCAGCUACCCUUGUGUCUAUGGUGGAAAAUAAAAUUCCUCGUACUGAUGACAACGAAAAUAAAAAUGUCCAGUUGGAUUUAAAUCAUGUUUUUCAAAAAUACCUCCACAUUCUCUGCAGUCAUCAAGAGAGCAGUUCCGCUGCUGUAAAUGAAAUGGAAGUUACGUCCAACGAUUUGUCAACACCUUUAUCACGAAAGGGCUUCGCUGUUUCGGAUAUUUUACAACGUAUGGUAUCGAUUGUCAGCCACCCAGAUAGCCCCUUACCUCACGGACUAGAAUUUAAUGAUAUCGGACAUCUAGCCGUCUUAUCGAGAGGCCUGGCUUGCUAUCUAGCCUCGGUAUUAGACAAAAAUCAAUUAACUAAAUUAGCCAACCGAACUACAAUAGAUACAAACAUGUGGCUUUCAAAGAUUUUUAGGUAUGAGAAAGGGGCAUUAUAUUUCCAUGAAGAAGCUGGUGAUGGUCUUAUUAAAGUCGGUCGACUGACGUUACUAACAAAAUGCCCCAAAUUUCAAAGCGAAGGAUUUCAUGCGUUAUAUGCAAGACCUCCAGUAAUUUACAUCAGCUCAGCGGCACCUGCUAGCCUAGGCAAAUAUCUAUGUAGUCAGCUUGGUUUGCCCUAUUCCUGUCUUAGUAUCGUUCCCUGUGUUGCAUCGUCUAGUACUUUUGACGAAACAAUGGAUCUAGCUUCAUUAGAGAGAUCGCUUAAUGAAGAUGUUGCCUGCGGUACCCCAAUGUGCGGUCAAAAUGAUAAUACUUCAUACCUUCGAGAACUAUGUGACAAAUACAACUUGUGGCUUCAUUUGGAAGGUAACGGACUUGCACUGUUAGCUCUUGAAAAACCGCCGGCAUCCUAUGAGGCAUGUAGAAAAGCUACUAGUAUCACCCUACGUCUAAGCGACUGGUUUAACUGGCCUGGAUGUAAUAUAGCAGGAAUGACCAACUCUGAAACUCUAAUGAAAUUACAUGGCCUUUCUCUUUGGAUUUCAAUGCAGUAUUUAGGACAAGAUGCAAUGGCAAAAAUGGUAAAUUUCGGAACAGAAUUGGCUCAACAAUUAAUUCACCGCCUAGAUCUUAUGAAAGAUGUAACAAGAUUGCAACAAGAAAAUUCCGUCAACCCAGUUGUGGUAUUUAGAUAUAAACCUAACAGUAAAAGUAAUGAAUCCAAUCAUAACCUAUCUACACCUCCAGAUGAUUUAUCAAGUACAGUUAAAAAGGAUUCUGUUGAGGAAACCAACUCUGGCAUUGUUACUACAGUGUCAAACUUAGUUUUGGACUCAUAUAAUAAACUGCUUUUAUACCACUUGAGUCAAAGCGUGAGGAGCAUGCAUAUUGAACUGAUCGAGCUUUCAAAGGACGGGUAUUGGUUAAAGUUUGAUCCCAUAAAGACUGCAAUCAAAUACAAAACAACUCAAGAUGAUGUGGAUGAAUUUAUUUCAUGCUUACGGGAUGAAAUUACGGUCAUGAAUGUUACAAUUAAUAGCAAAUCUGAAUUCGAAACAGCCAUAAAAUCAAAUAAGAGACUUAAAUUAGCUGAGGUUCAUCAAGUUACCGGUCUAGGCGCAGUUCAAUUUGUGCCAGAAUAUUUGGUUCAUGAUGAUAUAGAUACCGUAAAACUCACCGACCGGAAAAGAAGUGCUUUAAAGAAGGUAAAUAGGCUAUUGGCUGAAACUUUAGAAGAGCAAGAUAAAGCCUUAUUUGCCUUAGUAACGACAACGGAUGACUAUCCAUGUGUAGCUGUUGGAAUGAUUUCACAACCUGAAAAGAUACCUAAUAUUAUUGAUACUAUUAUUCAAAAGGCAUCCGAAUUAGAUGAUAAUAGCCAAUUAUUAGAAGAGAUGAGUGAAUUAAUAAAAAAGAGCAUAGCUGCAACACAAGAAACGCUAAAACAAGAAGCGGAAGAUUAUUUUUGGGAAGAAGGUGUUUAUCGUCAAGUGCCUCUCAUCUCAACCGUAAUGAACUGGUGGUCACCGCCAACAAAAACUGCAAUCCCUGGUAGAACACUUAAUUUAUCGAAAGGAACUGUCGAAUCUACAGAACCUACUUAUGAAUUGAAAAUGCAAGUGCAACAAUCAUUCGAUGACGAUAAUAGCAGUUGA